AUGGCCUUUUGGAUCCUUCAAAAGGAGAUCGUAGCAGUGGAUAAAUGGAUGGAGGAUAUGCUGUGUGGAUGUUUAGCAAGAGAGACCAGUAGAGAAGUAGUGGGAGCUAUUUUCCAGAUGUGUUGGGCCAUCUGGAAAGCAAGAAAUAACUUUGUGUUCAAUGGCAAAAGGCUGGUUCCAAGCGAUGUAAUUGAAGAAGCUGCGAAAGCUAACGUGGAUUACUUGCAAGCGGUGUGGAAUGAUCUGGAGAGGAGUCCCCCAAGGUCAAACCAGGUGGAGAGGUGGUCACCACCUCCUCUAUCUGUUAUUAAAAUGAACUGUGAUGGAGCUUUUAAAUCCUUCCGCAGCUUAGCUGCCUUUGGCAUUCUUGCUAGAGAUAGCGGUGGAUCGGCUCAAGUGUGGCGAUGUGGUCGAAAAUUGGCGUCUUCAGUGCUUUCCAUUGAGGCAUGGGCACUGAGAAUAGCAUGCAUGGUAGCUAUACAGGAGGAGUAUCAUACUGUGAUUUUUGAAUCUGAUUGCAAAUCCCUCAUUGCCUACAUUAAUGAAACUGAAGCUCGGUGUCCCUGGGAAGUAGAAGCAAUGGUCAAAGACAUCAAAGAAUGGGCAAAAGCAAGGAAUUGGUCUUUCAAUUGGUGCAGAAGGGUUCAAAACAGAGCAGCUCAUUGGAUUGCAUCUAAAUGCCUUAGUAGAGAUUUGUUACUCUUUCGGGUUGUAUUCUGCUCGGUCUAA